AUGUCCUCAUAUUCGACAAAACCAAUGAAAAUGCUGUUAUAUCAUCUAGCUAUGGCUGUAUCACUUGGUUUAAAUACCAUCCCACAAAGCCAAAAGGCUGGAGGAGAUCUUGGAUCACUUGUUCGCUUAGAAGUAAUUGCGAAGCAUCCUGGAAUGAAAGAGGAGAAUCCUAACUACGUUAAAAUAAGAAGACAGAUUGAAAUUGAUCAGCUUGGCGUGGAGCCAGCACCAGAAAAACUUGAGGACACUAAGAAUGAACCGGAGUCAAAAGAUUUUAUGCACGAGCUUUUGAGCGGUGAGGAGACAUUUUUAGACAGAAUCAGAGCAAGAAUAGUUAGAAAUAAGGAAAGGAUAGUACAAUCGUACAGAUAG